AGUCUUUUCUGCUCACAGGUAAAUGGCUCUCUCCAAACAGCAAUACAAUUCCACAGCUAGUUGUCAAUAGCCAUCAAAAACAAUUUUAAUCCAGAGAGACUAGAGUCAGAUAAGGAGAAAAGAGACUUCCCCCCAGGGCUCUUCCUUUUAGUUGUUAAUUUUUCCUUCACUUCCACAUAGCCACAAUCCUCUGAGGCUUUGAUGCUUAGCCUCCUCUGCCACCUUUUUUUAGUAACGUUCCACGAAAGACAUUUAGUUAGCCAAUAAUUUUGCUUUGGGAUCCUUUUUAAGAUUAAAAUCAGCUUUUUCCUUUUUUCUGUGAGUUGGUCAAUCACUCGCCCAGUUCCAACACUCGCUCCAGACACCACUCCUGCCCAAUAACUUAGUCCAGGUGCCCCAGCUUUAUAGCAGUCAUUCAGUUAUGGCCGCUGCCCCUGCUGCCGGUUUGAAGGGUUUUGUCUCCAACUUCCCAAGACAAGGAAGGAUAGAACAUCAGAGCCAUCCCUUCUUCUCCUCUGUCCCUCCAGGACAGGUUUUCAGUCCGAAGACCUCCCAAACAGUGGUUUGUCCAGCUGGAUUUCCACGAGGCUCAGCAGAGCAUGCUUUUUUCCCAGCCAGUCUCUCUGCGAUGCUUCUGGCUUCUCUCCUCAUCUUUUUAUUUUUUUUAAUGGGCUUUUCUACUCUCAGGACACUGCUGGAAACCUGAAGCCUGUGAGGAAAGUGCGGUUAGAGCCUACUUACCAACUCUCCCGGUGGAUUCCUAUUCUUAAGGAUGUCAUGGAGGAUGCCAUUGAAGACAAGCUGGAUAAGAAGGUCUGGCCUUAUGUGUCCUGCCCGGCCCCUGGUCCCUGUUCCCAAACUGCCGUGAGUGCCCGUUUUGGACAUUGGCACAAGACCAAGACAGCAACUGAGUACAGGACAGGACCCCGUCUUAUCCUGUAUGUGCUUGGCGGUGUUACCAUGUCAGAGAUGCGUUGUGCCUAUGAAGUCACGGAGGCUACUGAUGGAAAAUGGGAAGUGCUGAUUGGGUCAUCCCACAUCCUGACCCCCAAGCAGUUCCUGGAAGAUGUACGCAACCUGACUGAGCAGACACCGCUGAAGACUUAAAAUUUCUAGCCCCUAAGAGACUUGCUGGCAGCUGUUCUAUUAGCUACCUUUUUCUUCAGCAAGAUGGCUUCUUCCUCAUCAGUGCCUUUGUCUGAACUCUUCUGAGGCUGGCCCUAUCUUGAUCCAACCUUUAGCCAGCUAUCAUGAUUGAAUUGACACUGGAAGGACCUCACCCGGGGCCUAGAAUGACGAUAAGGGUCUAUCUUCAUCUCUUAUUAUGUUGUGGUUUCUGGACACCCUUUAUUUUUCUGCCCUCCCACAAAUAAGGGAAGAAGGAAGGGCUAUGUAGUUCAUGAAUAAGUCUCUCCUACUCUUGCCUAGAAGUUAUUUGUUCCCUUACAUGAUGACUUGCCAAGAAAUUAAUUCUUUUGACUUGACCUUACACAAAUUUGAUGGCUUUCAUCAGAGCCUAUUUCUUUCCUUUCUUUUUUCUCCCAGCAAAGGAAAUCGAUCAACAAAAGUGAUUGCUUGUUCCUCCUUUAUGAAAAUAUUCUGGAACAAACUCUCAUUUCUGGAUUCCCACAUUUAGAAGCUUGGCUUUAACACUUAGCUUGAAAGGAUGAUUGAUUGCUGCUUUUAAAAAGUGGGAAAGAUGAUUUUGCUGAAGAAGUCAUGUGCUGUCUUCGUUAAAAAGAUUGCACAGCUCAGCCGAGGAAUCUCAGUCUUUAAAAUAAAUAUGAAAUUCAAGAUUGUUGGCAUUCUCUCUUCUGUAGAGGAGAAGUCAAGCUGUGAUAGAGAAGAAAAAGAUUUUUGCUUCCCAUAUAAAGAAUUGGGUAUGUCAGCCUUUAUCUUGGAAAGUUACUGUGCCAGUUGAAGACAUUAUUUAUGAGUGUCUUUAUUUUGGCCUUGUUCCACAACAUACUACAAGGUACUUCCUGAUAACAGCAUGGAAACAGUAGCCGGUCAAAAAUGUUGCAGCAAGACUGUUCACCAUGAUGCAGUGACAUGUAGGCUACUGCUUUACACUCCACAAGUGUCUUUGCUUGUAUUUCUGGCCUUAGUUUAAAAUAUUGAAAUUAAACAUUUAACCAGAGCUCCAAAUUGUCUUCAGAAUACCUUCAGAUAUUUAACGUAUUUAUUAUUAAAAGAUGUUACAGUAUUUUAAGUUUAGUAAAUUUCAAUAAAUGUAUACCGAUUAUUUAUGCAUUUCUGUAAAAGAUAUUAGGGAUAUUUUCAGAUGGUCCAGCUCAGACAUCUUCCCAAAAGGUGAGAUGGAGACCAUGAUGACACUCAUCCUACAGAGACUUAUCUGGCAUAAAUGAUCACCUUGGAGCCAGAAUAAGUUGCCUGUGAAAAUAAACAAGGCUUCAUCUUUGUUUUUGUUUUUUAAAUCUACAUUUGAACUGUUUAGCUUUUUCUGUGACACAGAUUUAUUCAGGCUUUCUUGUGUAUUUGUUUCUUAAUGUUUAGAGGGUGUAUGUUAUGUUGCUCUAUCUGAUGUUGUAUACGUUUAAGCUGCAUUCACUGAACUCUCCAGAUAAAAUGUAGCUAUUGGCUGUGACAGAGACAAAUAAAAAUAGAGAAAGAUAAUUUUGCUGUGCCAUGAGAGGAAAAUA